AUGGAGUAAAAAUAGAGACUUUUCCAGAAUUUUAUUUUGAAUGUAAUUCUAGAGUUUAGAUUUUAAUAGAUUUUUCUAAGCAUUUCUGUCAUCCAAGUCUGACAUCUAUCUACUUCUCAGUCAAUUUAAUGGAAGUAUUGUUUUUAAAUAGAAAUAGUAAUAUUGUGUCAUUAAUUGGUCAUUAAUUACAUUAAUUGAUUUCAUUAUUAUUUUUUAUAAAUAUAUGAUAAAGAAAUAAAUAAGCUCAAUCUAAUAGGUUGUUAAGACAGGAACUUAGAUUGUGGAAUAUUCCUGGUUUUAACAUCAUGAUGUUUUCAGUGAGCCUCCGAUGAACAACUGGAAAUAGACAAUAAUGGAUAAUUUUGAAUGGUUCCUCAUUCUAAUGGUUCUGGUCUAUUGUGUGACGUUCAUCUUCAUGUACAAGAAUUUUAGUUAAAAAUCUCAUAAAAUAAUUGUGCACGUUAGAAAAGAGAGUGCAACCAGUGAUGAAUUGCAAAAGUAAUACGUGUAUACUAAAGAUGUAGUUCGGUUUAUCUAGGCACUGAGCAAAAUGAAAAACCAAAAAAAGACUAAACUUCAAGUACGGAAUCAUCACCUAGAAAUAUUUAAAAUGAACCUCAAAAUAACGCACUUGUGUUGCCUGAUCAAGCUUUUAAUUUAAAUGGGCAUAAAGUGUCUGAAUUACGGGAAAAAAUCAUCCAAUGGGAAAGACAUUAAGAGGGCAAUAUGAUAACCUAGAUAGAAACAAAGAAAGUGCAAAUUAAAGCAAGUGACGACCAUUUACAAUUUGUGACUUCCCAGUUUGGAGAUUUGAAUUAGAAAAAUGCUAAGGGUGUCCAUAUGAUAGAAUAGGAUGAUGGAGAUGGGAAAGCAGAAAGAAUUAUUCACAUCCUUACAGAUUGGAGCAGAUAUUGUGAAACUGGAAAGUUCCAGAAAUUGUACGCUCUUCCUAAGCUUAUAGGCAAAGGGGCAUUUGGAGAAGUCUACAAAUCUCAAAAAAUCAUUGAUCUCAAAGAAUAUGCAGUCAAAAGAAUUUAUUUUAAAGUUUAAAAUGAAAAAACCUUAAGAGAUCAUCCAAUUUUUAGAGAGAUUGGAUCACUCUAAGAAAUUAAUCACAAAAAUGUAGUUAGAUAUUAUACUAGUUGGAUUGAAGAGUUAACUAAAGACAAUUUAGCAGACAUUGCAAAAUUACAUAAAAUUGUAGAUGAUCAAAAAUAAGCCAAAUUAAAUGAUGUUUAGGAUUCAUUUUAACCUCAAUUGAUGGAUGACAUGUCUUCUAUAAAUAAUUAUGUUUAAUUUGUUGGAGGAAAUGAUACAGAUAAUGAAUAAUAAAUUUAAACUAUUUCAAAACAAUCCAAAACUGUGCCUAGUUUUCAUCUCUCAGAUUGCAGUAGUCAUAUUCAAUCUCAAAUGCGUAGAUAUCACUUUAAUCCCAAUUCAAAAGAUGAGUAAUACUAAUUAUUUACCUUAUACAUUGAAGUAAUUGUUAAUCUUAAUAAAAUUAGAUGGAAUUAUGUGAUUAUACAUUGAAAGAUUUCAUCGAUAAGGUUGAUAGAAAAAAAGAUUACCCUCUAAUUAAAUCUAUAUUCAUCUAAAUACUGGAAGGAAUCAUUUAUAUGCAUACCAAUCAAUAUAUUCAUAGAGAUUUGAAGUAACUUAUUUAAUCUAAACAUUAAGACCUCAGAAUAUAUUUAUUAAUUCAAAGAAUGAAGUCAAAAUUGGAGAUCUCGGACUUUGCAAUUCUUUAAUUAUAAAAAUGGAUGACGAGUUCACUUCUGGUUCUGGUGAAUACACGAAUAAUGUUGGAACUCCUUUGUAUAUGGCUCCGGAAGUCAAAGAUGAUCUUUACGGUUCGGCUGCUGACAUAUACCCUUUAGGAAUAAUAUUAUUUGAGAUGAUGUGGGAGAUGAAAACUCACUACGAGAAAAGUAGGUAAUCAUUUAUAAUUUAAUUUAGAUUGAUACAAAAUCUUACCAAAGAUUCUAUCUUACCUCCAGAUAUAUUUAAGAAUCAUCCUGUUGAAGCAGAAUUGAUUCUUAAAAUGGUUAAUAAGAAUCCAAACAAAAGGCCAACUGCUCAAUAGGUUUUAGAUUCUCUACACAAAUAAUGAAAAUAUAUGACAC